AUGAAGAUCGAGUGCUUACAGGCUUAUAGCGACUCCCAGAUUGUCGUAUGCCAGAUACACGGAGAAUAUCUGGCCAGAGGAGGGCGUUUGGCUAAGUACCUCGCCAUAACAUGCGAGUUGUUGCAGAAAUUCAAAAAGGUGGUUGUCUCCCGAAUACCACGUGCUCAUAACUCACACGUAGACGCUUUGGCCCGCUUGGCCUCAACAAGAGAAGCUGAAUUGCUCGAUGUAAUUCCUGUCAAUAUGCUAACUCACCCAACGGUGAUUCGAGACGAAGUGAUGGAGAUAGGCAUGGCUAGAGGAGUCACAUGGAUGACUUCGAUAGUGAAUUACUUGGAAAAUGAGGUCUUGCCUGAAGGCAAAAUAGAAGCAAGAAAACUGGGAUAUCGAGCUGCUCGAUAUGUCAUUUAUGAUGGAAGACUUUAUCGCAGAAGCUUCAGCCAACCGCUACUCAAAUGCAUUGACGGGGAGGAGUGCGAUUAUAUCCUCCAUGAAGUGCACAGUGGUAUCUGCGGAAACCAUACUGGCGGUAAUUCUCUCGCCUUAAAAAUCAUGCGGCAAGGAAAAUGCGACAAGUGUCAGCGUAUAGCUACAUAUGUCAACCAACCUCCGAGUCACUUGCACUCCAUUACGAGUCCUUGGCCCUUCGCGGUCUGGGGCAUCAACCUAAUAGGAGAGUUACCCAAAGGAAAAGGCGGAGCCAAAUACGCCGUGGUCACAGUUGACUACUUCACCAAGUGGGUUGAAGCAAAGGCACUUGCAACUAUUACAGCAGCCAAACUACGCGAGUUUGUUUAUAACUCCAUAAUCUGUCGAUUUGACAUCCCUUACAAACUCAUAUCGGACAACAGAAAGCAAUUCGAUUGUAAGGAAAUGCGACAGUUGUGUGAUGAGCUAGGGAUUGAAAAGGCAUUUUCGGCAGUCGCCUAUCCACAGAGCAAUGGGCAGACAGAAGCCGUCAACAAGAUAAUCAAACAUACAAUCAAAGGAAAACUUGAAGAGCGCAAGGGGGUAUGGCCAGAAGAACUCUCCCAAUUUUUGUGGUUGUAUAACACCACCCUCGAUCCACGACUGGUGAAACUCCUUUCUCGCUCUCCUAUGGAUGCGAAGCUAUGGUACCAGUCGAGGUUGGGACAGGUUCCCUACGAAGGGAUGUUUUCAACAUUGUCCAGAACAAAGAAAAACAAUUGCUCCACCUUGACCUUUUAG